AUGAAGUCCAACGUCAGCCAUGCGGGGUUCGGCGCUAGGACGACGGCUACGGAGGCUGGGCGGGCAUUUGCAGAGGAGAUUAGGGGGAAGGUUAUCCUGAUCACAGGCGUAUCACCAAAGAGCAUCGGCGAAGGACUCGCCCUCGCCCUUGCAGCGCACUCCCCUAGCCUACUAAUUCUCGCUUCCCGCACACUCUCCAAGAUUCACGCCGUGGCGGCUGGCAUACACACCUCAAACCCACAUGUGAAUGUCCAAGAAGUCGUCGUUGAUCUCUCGAGCUUGAAGUCCGUUCGGGAAGCUGCGGAGCGCUGUAAGAAGAUCUUAGAGAGAGAGGGUAGGGGUAUUGAUGUUCUGUUUAAUAAUGCGGGGAUCAAUACUAGUGAGCGACGUCUGACGGAGGAGGGGGUGGAGACGCAGUUUGCUACUAAUCAUCUGGGUCCUUUCCUACUGACUGCUCUCUUGCUUCCUUUUAUGAAGACGGGGAACAGAGGGGCGAGGGUUGUCAAUACCUCCAGUGAGGCUCACCGGAUUAGUCCGGUGCGGUUUUCUGAUGUAGGUAGUUUCCCAUUCCAAACGAAGCAAACUCUGACUGCCCCCGUUCCCCAGAUCAAUCAAACCCCUGGAGCCAAAGUGGAGUUUGACGAUCAGCCGAGAAGGGGCAUGCCGGCAGGCACAUUAAGGGGCGAUGGAAGAUACGAGCCGAGUGUCGCAUAUGGGCAGAGCAAGACUGCGAAUGUGCUUUUUGCUGUUGGGUUGAAUACGAGAGGGGUGAAGAGCUUCGCUGUCAUGCCAGGGACUAUCGCGACUGACUUGGCUCGUGAGAUGGACGAGGAGGCCGUCAAGAAUCUCACUCAGGGGGACUUCGAUUGGAAGUCAAUCGAUGAGGGGGCGGCCACUUUAGUUGUUUCUGGGUUCGACCCCAGGUUAAGUGAUGAGGCAGGAGUGUACUUAGAUGAUUGUCAGAUGAGAAGACCUUCGAAGUGGGCGUCUGAUAUUGACAAGGCUGAGAGACUUUGGGCUUUGAGCGAGGAAUUGGUAGGAGAGAAGUUUACCAAGGGGAAAGCUAGCCGUUUGUAA